UAAGCGUGCAUUUCCGCGCUGGAAGGACGAGACGCUCCGUUCCGGCAGGCAAAGCAUUCCACCACACACCAUUUCUCACCCUUUUCGUUUUUAUGCUUCUCGCUCUUUUUCUCCCCUGGCAAUUCCAGUUCAGUCACUCGCCCCAACCUCCCUGGCUUCUUGCCCUGGAGGAAAAAGUGUCAACGUUCGUUCUUUUUUCUUCUUCCUUCGUCUCGUCCUAAAUUUACGCUUUAUUCACCUUGUUUCCUUUCCUUGUCCCCUGGUCCCCUCGCGUGACUCUCGACCCUCUCCUCUCCCAUAGAAAUAGACCCCCUAUUCGACCUCGACGCGGCUCUCAAUUGAAAACUUCUGUCCCCUCGAGGCCUCUGCUUAACGCCCAGAGCAGCGUGUCCGGUGCUUGGAGCAACCGUUCCAUAGCAUCAUGGAGUCUUCUCCCCCGAGGAGUAGCUCUGCUGCUCCCGUGGCAGGCAUGAAGCGUCCGGCGUCCCUGUUGCCCGCUUUCGAGCCAUUGAGCUCUUCCCCGUCUCUCCCUCGGCCCCAGAAGCGUGUAGCACGCGAUGACCAUGGGGCUGUCUCGACCUAUCCGACUCCCGUCCCGACGUCCUCGACUCACAUCAUGUCGUCCUCCCCGCCUCGAAUGGCCCUGCCUCGACCCGCAUCGCGUCGUAACCUCACCUCGAGCAGCUCCGAGCGUACCCCUCUAUCUGCCGUCCCGACUCUGAUGCUCUCAGACUCCGGCGAGCCCCUUCUCAUGGGCAGAUCGAGCGUCUCCUGCCAUCACCAGCUCGCCGCUAACCGUAUGAUUUCGAGGAUACAUGUCAAGGCCACCUAUAAACCGGCACCGAACCCCUUCGACCGAGAUAGGGUAGAGAUCAUGUGCAUGGGAUGGAACGGGAUUAAGUUGCACUGCCAAGGGAAAACAUAUGAUUUGGCGAAGGGAAAGACUUUCACGUCCGAUAUCAAGGAUGCCGAUAUCAUGAUUGACGUUCACGACGCACGCGUUUUGGUGCAAUGGCCGCGUGGCGAGAAAAGGGAUUAUGCCUCGACCGACUCCGAACAUACUUGGGAGGAGACCACCCCCAAACGCAAUGGGCAGUCUCGUCGCAGCUUGCAGGAUAGCCCUAGUGUGGAGCGUCGACGUUUGGCCUCCCCCGUGUCACCGUCCCCGGCGGUCAAGUCCCUGGUCCCCCCAUCUUCUCCACUCUAUACCCCGACUCGCUCGCGCAAUGCCGUGGUUGUGUAUGAAGACGAGGCCUCUCCUGUCCGCGCCACUAGCUCUGCAGAUGAUCUCACGUCUGAAACCUUCCACGACCCCUCUUCCGCUGUAGACCUUCUGCAGAGCUCCCAGUCCAGUGAACUGAGUGACCUGAGUAAGCACGACGAGUUGUCUGAUCACGAUGAGGAGAACGACCCCAUCAUCCACUCGUUUGGACCCUUUGGAGAGAACAUCCUGCCCCGUAUGGCUUCUUUCACAGCCGACGAGUCACCCGUUCGUCCUCCGCGUCCUGGCAACCAAUCUUCUACUCAACCCCUCCAGCCCACCCAGUCACCUCGGCAGCCUUCCAAGGCCGCAAAUCACGCCGAAAGUGCACCCAGCAAGCCGGAGCCGCUUGAUGAGGGCCUGGAACGCGUCCAGAACCACGCCAUCAACCAGCUCGCCUUCUCGCGCCUUUCUUCGACCCCAUUCUCAACCAUCUUGAGCAACCUUCCUCCCACUCUGUGGAGACAGGACCACCGUUCCGGCAAGGGACCGUCCAAAGAACAAAUCCUCUCCGUCAUUGAUACCACCAAGUGCAUUGGCAAGGUUGCUCGGGAGGGGAAAGAUGCGGCCGGAAAGCCUCUGGAAAGCGAAUACUACUACAUUCCGGACUUUGACGAAGAUGACAUGCGACGGGAAGCCGUUGUGCAUGAUCUCCGCAAGCCAGGUCUUCGGAACUGUAGAAAGCAGCACAAGCAAUACUUCUGGCGCAAGCCCAAAUAAAUCCAGCGCCUUAAGAUGACCUGUUAAAAAGCCAACCUUCUGUUCAGUCUCCUGAUAAUAUUUUCGCCCAACCGUUUUAGUACAUAUUUGCAAUGUUUUUGUUCUUAUUUUUCCCUUCAUGGACUCGCAUAGCGUGGCGUGGGCAUACCCUGUCUCUGAUUUUUACGUCGUUGAAUGAAGGUGUACGAUGUAUGUUGAUUUUUCUCUUUUACCCCCUUUGGUUUCUAUCGCUUUCCUUCUCUUCUGCCUCCUGUUUUCAAACGAUAGAGGCCCGUUUUGUUUCCGGUCCACGUGCGAUGUCUACCUCUGUUGUUUCAUUUCUGUCGACCAGAUCAUGUGCUUAACAUGGCCUGACGGUCUUCGCCAUCAUUGUAUCACAGUGAUGCGUAUGCUUUUGCGGGCAUCGUUGUCUUCGGUGACAUGCCUGUAUGAUCUUAUUGGAAUUCCAGUCCUGUCUGCCAGGCAGCUUGCGGGGAGGUUGUGUCACCUCGCCACCCCUGGCAGAGUUAUGAUGUGUAUG